AUGGAGGUGUACAUCCCCUCCUUCCGCUACGAGGAGAGCGAGCUGGAGCGGGGCUACACGGUCUUUAAAAUAGAGGUGCUAAUGAGUGGAAGGAAACAUUUUGUGGAGAAGAGGUAUAGCGAAUUCCAUGCACUUCAUAAAAAGCUCAAAAAGUUCAUAAGAACUCCAGAGAUCCCUUCAAAGCAUGUGAGAAACUGGGUUCCCAAGGUCCUGGAGCAGCGACGGCAAGGCUUGGAGUUGUACUUGCAGACAAUCAUUUUAGAAAAUGAAGAGCUCCCUAAAAUAUUUCUUGAUUUCCUGAACGUUCGCCAUGUACCUACUUUGCCAAAAGCAGAAAGCUGUGGCUCUUUUGAUGAAACAGAAUCUGAAGAAUCAAGCAAACUGUCCCACCAGCCUGUGCUGCUGUUCCUAAGGGAUCCAUAUGUCUUGCCUAAAGCCAACGAUGACUUUCCAAAUGUAGUUAUAGAAGGCAUUCUACAUGGAAUAUUUUAUCCUCAUUUACUGCCUAGGUAGAAGCGAUGCGUGGCUAGAAGAAGCUGAAGCAAGUUUCCAAGUAAUUUUUAGUGGAAUUAACAGGAACAAAAUUCUGUGAUAUGAAAAUGCUACUCAGAAGCAAGAGGCACCGCCUCAUUUUAGGUUCAAGCAUUAUACCUUUUAAAAUAAAAUCAAUGUCACUACAACUGCUGCUUUUAAAAAAAAAAGGAGAAAAAAGGUAUGGAAACAACAGUACUGAAGUUAUUUAUAUCUUCUAUAUAUUUACAUGCUGUAUUUAACACUAAAAGGCAUACACUGAAUUACACUAACCUUCAGCAGAGAAUUUUGCCUGUUGGAAAAGAUCUUUAAGAUCGAGUCCAACCGUCUUCUAACUAUCAAGCCUGGUGCUAAACCUUUGAGUAAAAUUGAAUGCUUUACUAAUUAUUUCUGUGAUUUCUAUCAUAAAUUACACUAAACCUGUUUGCAUCAGGAUGUUUUUCCCAGUACAUUACCCAUUGCUGGCAGUGGAUGGAUUAAAAGUGCUGGCACUGAAGAGUGUCAGAAAUUGCCAAAAUAAUAAAACUUAGAGCAA